AUGGCUUCCGCUAGUUCGUUUCGUGUCGAUCAAAGAGUUACCAUUGCUGGUAAAGGUAUAGGUACAAUUGCAUUCGUUGGAAAAACAGAAUUUGCUGAUGGAGAGUGGAUCGGUAUUAUUCUGGAUGAACCAAAAGGAAAAAAUAAUGGAAGUGUACAAAAGAAAGAUGGAAAGACUGUUCAAUAUUUUUCAUGUAAUGAUAAUCAUGGACUAUAUGUUCGGGCUAAUCAAAUUGAGUCUGUAAUAAGUGAUGCUCAAACAAAUUUAUCACGAUCAGCUUCCAAUCAGUCAGUUAAAUCACAAAACAGUACUACAGGAAGUAUUCCAAUACCUGUAACAACUGGAAAUUCCACAAAACCACCUGGUACAUCAUCAAAAGCAACUGGACUUCGAGCACCAGCAUCAAAUACACCUGUUCGACCACCACCACCAGCAGGAUAUGAUGAUGAAAUUGAUUCAUCAGCCGUUGCUCGUUCAGCUAAAUCAUCAAAUGAAAUUACUACACCAACAGUAACUGAAAAAGUAUCCCCACCGAAAGAACAAAUUAAACGACCACCAACACCUACAAUACAAUCAAAACCAUCACCACCUACUGCGCUUCCACCAGAACCGAUACUACCAACGGCUCAACAACUUCCAAGUAUUCGAAAAACAUCAACUACUUCACCAACUGAAUCAUCUGAUUCUUCACAAAUAAUCACUAGUCUUCAAAGUAAAGUAGUUGAUCAAGAAGAACAAAUUCAAACAUUAGUCAAAAAACGUCGUGAUGAUCUUGAAAAAAUUAAAGAAUUUGAACGUACUAAAAUUCAACUUGAUCAAUUACAAUCAUAUAAACGUGAAGCUCAAGAACGUAUUAAAGAAUUAAAUGAUAAAUUACAACAACAAGAAAAUGAAUGUAAAGAUACACGAGAUAAAUUUGCUGCUUAUCGUGAUGAAAUGACAGAUACGGAAAUACGUAUUGAAUCACUUGCACUUGAUCUUGAAAUGGCUGAAGAAAAACUUGAAAUUGUCACAUCAGAAAAUACGACAUUAAAAGAAAAAUUAGAAGAAGUUCAAUUAGAAUUAGAUGUUAUUAAAGGUGAAAUACAAUUGAAUGGUAAUAAUCAUGUCGCGAAUGGUAUACAAAAGAGAAUUGAUGAUGAACGUACCAUUAAAAUGGAACAAGCAUUAAUUCAAUUACGAGAUUUAUCAGUAUCAAGACAAAAGGAUAAUGAAAUAUUAAAAAAACAAUGUGAAACAUUAGAACAUACUGUUAAAGUUUUGACAAAAGAAAAUGACAAUGCAAAAACAGAUAUUACAACAAUGCAAACAACAAUUGCGGAUUUAAAAGAACAAGUAGAUACAUGUUUAGGUGCUCAACAAAUGGUUGAUAUUUUAACAACGAAAAAUCUAUCACUUGAAGAUCAAGUUCGAGAAUUACAAGAAACAGUUGAUAAUCUUGAAUCACUUUGUGAAAUGGAUAAAGAAAUGGAAGAAAAUGCUAAAGAAGUUGAACAUGAUCUUCGUGAAACUAUUGAUUUAGUACAAAAUCAACUUCGUGAGAAAGAACGUCAAAUUGAACAACUUCAUUAUACUAUUGGUGAUCAUGAAAGAACCAUACUAAAAUUUCGUGAGACUCUUAAAAAUAUGCAAUCUGAAAAAGAAGAUAUUAAAAAACAAAUCGAAAAAUAUGACGCACAACUUAAAUUAGCUAGCUCAGCUCAAUCAAGUGAUUUUAAAACAAAAAUUGUUGAAAUAAAAACUUAUGGAGAAAUCAUUGAGGGUGAAGUAAAAAAAAUUGAUGUGCACAAUUUAUCACGACAUGUUCAGUAUUUAACAUUAUUUCUUCCGGAACAAUUUACAAGACGUGGAGCUGAUCAUGAUUGUGUACUUGUUUAUUUACUUAUACAACGAUUAAUUUCGAAAAGUGAUUUAUUAAUAAAUGAAAUUCAAAAAAAAACGGAACGAAUUGAUCAAUUAAAUUUCGAUGAUGUUAUUAAAUCACAUCGAGCAGAACAGUGGAGUUUUACUUGUAAAAUAUCACAACUAUUAGCAAUUUUUCGAAUGAUUCUUAGAAAAUAUAUCAAAGCUUUAGAAAUAUGUAAUCCAGAUAUACUUCGUCAUUUAGCAACUGUUUAUCAUGAUUUAUUAUCACAUGAAAAAUCACUUGAUUUUCUUAUUGAUCUCUUACAAAAAGAUCAAUUACAUGAUUCAAUAUCAUUAAAUGCAUUGGAUAAAACAAUCACAUUCUAUGACCAUAUUUAUAAGAGUCAUUUACAUCAAGAGAAAUUUUCGAUGAUAUAUUAUCUGAGAGAUUUAAUACGAGUUGUUUUGCUAAGUAGUGAUGCACUUCAAACUGAUAUUCAACGUGUACAACUUUUACAAAAGGCUGGUAGUGAUCAAAGUCCAUUUGCUGCACUUGUUAAACGUCUCGUUGAAAGUAAUGAACAAAUGCGAGCUCAAGCAGGCAAAAUCAAUCGUCUUGUACCACAAGAAGAUAAUACAAAUCAUUCAUUAAUUCUUGACACUAAAACGAUAUCUUCCAUUGAAUCAACUAUUCGAAAUUUAGAUCGUUUAACAAAAACAUUUCAUGAAAUAUGUUCAGGUUUAACAACUCAAAUUCUUAUACUUUCUGAUCCCAACGAUCGUGUAAGUACACAGGAUAUUGAAAAUAUUGCAUAUCAAGCAUGUGAUAAAAUUUAUAAAAAAGAAGAUAGUGGUCCAUAUGAUAGUUUAUGGAAUUCUAUGUAUGAAACUCUUUCAACAUUAAUCAAUGUUAGUAAUGCACUUGAAAAUGGUUCAUUUGAUUCAAAUACGAAUGACCAGAAUGAAAAACCCAAACAACCAAUUUAUGUAAUUGCUGAACAAUUGAAAACUUCAAUGAAUGAAUCAGAUUCAAUACGUGGUCGACUGGAAUUAAAAGAUGAAGAAUUAAUUGAUUUGAAAAAAAUGCUUAAAUCAAAACAUGAUGAAUUAAGUGAAUUAAAUAUACGUUUAGCAUUGAAUGAGAAGAAAAUUGACAAUUUACAAAAAGAAUCCGAUGAAAAAACGAAUAAACAUCAACAAGUUUUAGAAGAAACACGAAUUGAUGCACAGAAAAAAAUAAAACAAUGUGAAGAAGCUAUGGGUGUAUUACAAAAUGAUAAUGAACAACUUGAACAAGAAAAAAGUGCACUAAAAGAGCGUUUGAAACAAUUAACCAAAACGAAACUUGUUGAUGAUAUUAUGCAGAAAAAAGGUGGGGUUACACAAAAAACAUCUGGACUUUUAAGUCCUACAAGUGAUGGUGGAAUAAGUUUACUACAACGACAAUUAUCAUCGUCAUAUAACAGUGAAGGAAUGACCGGAUCCACAGUGAAUGAACAAGAAGUCGCAGUAUUACGAAAUACAGUUCAUUUAUUAAAAGAUGAAUUAUGGCAAUUAAAAAUGACACGUACAUCAAGCGAAUUAUCUAAACUUCCAAUGCCACAAAAAGAUACCAAAACAACUGAAAUAGCUGAUAUAUAUAAAAGUUCAACAUUACUUUUAAAUGAUCUUUUUUCAACUAUUGCUAAUUAUAAAAUAACUGGAGAGAAUGUUGCAGUUAAACAAGAAUUAAUGCGUUCAAAAAUGAAAUUAGUUGAUCAAACAGCAUUUAAUCUUAAUACUCGUCUUAAUGAAUGUCAAAGUACUAUUCUUCCUGGUUCAACUAUUCAAACAACAAUGAAAACAUUUUCAAAUCCACAAUUUUCUAAGUCCCUUACUCAAGAUCGUCAAUUAGCAGCAGAAAUUCAUUUACCUGGUGUUAAUACUGGUGGAGAAUUUGAUAUAACUCAAGAACAAUAUCGUACUAUAAUGCGUGAAGCUAUUGGAUGUGUUUGA